AUGGCGACUCGAAUACCCGCUCUCCGCCACCUGGCGUCCUGCCCGCUGCACCACGCCCGAUGUGUCUUCCAGCAGCGGCGCUGGGCUCGCGUCCACGACGUCCGCUUCCUCGCCACGACGCAGCAGCCCUCGGCCAUCCUCGACAAGUACCGCGCCAAGCUCGAGGAAAAGGCCAGGCGAGAGGGCCUCGGCGACGUUGACAGCCUCAAGAGCGCCUAUGCCGAAAAGAUAGAGGCGCAGCGCAAGCGAGACGCCGUCGAGCUUCCCGUCGCCACGAUCCCACAAGCACCAAACACGCCCGUGUUGCAACCGAACCGCGGUCCGCUCCCGUCUACGCCGCCGUCCGAGUCAUCAUCCAACCCCCUCCCACAGUCUGCGUCUCGGGACGCCGGAAACACUCCCGUCAUCAAGUCCCUCAGCGACAUCCUCGACCUCGACAAGGCCCGCACGCUGCCCGAGAAAGAUCUGACGGUCAUCUGGCGGCUGCGGCACGCCAACUCGCCCCAGAAGAUCUGUGCCGUCAUCCCGGCCUCGACAUACCAGGCUAUGGAAGACGCCGCCCGCAAAUCUCCCCAGUUCGUCCUGCCCGUGCCGCACGAGAGCCAGGGCGCCGAAAUCCACUUCCUGCAGUGGACCUUUGACGCCGCCUCCAACACCAGCACCGUCCUCUUCACCCACCUCGCCGAGUACAAGUCGCGUGGCGAGUUUGCGCAGCCACAUACGACCGUCACGCACCACCUGGACCUGGCCGCCGACAAGGGCCUCGUUCUGAUGCAGGGGCAGCUCAUGGAUGGUCGCGGGAUCCGGCCCGAGCACGCCGAAUGGCUCGUCGUCUGCCUGCAGAAGUUCUACGGCGCGUGGGACGGCGUCGCCGGCGAGCUACAAGGCGAGAGGAAAGAGAGGGUAGAGGAGAGGAGGAAGCUGCUCGAGUGGUUCUCCGCUGGCGAUUCGAGGUUUAGUGUCGAGAAGCUGCUGGAAGAGGCCGAGCGCAUGGGCUAA